CCCCUUCGGCUCUUUCCGCCUCCCGGAAGUGGAGCUGAGGCGGCUUCCGGCGGGGUCUGCGCGGACAUGGCGCUGCCGGCGGCGCUGCUCCGCGGGCUCCGCGCUCCGGCCGCGGCUCUCCGCAGCCUGAACACGCUGCCCACGGCCCCCCAAUGGCGGGGCUUGGCUGCGGAGGCCAAGAAGAGCUUCGUGAGGGACAAGCCCCACGUCAACGUGGGCACCAUCGGGCACGUGGACCACGGCAAGACCACGCUGACGGCCGCCAUCACCAAGAUCCUGGCGGCCUCGGGCAGCGCCGAGUUCAGGCCGUACGAGGAGAUCGACAGCGCCCCUGAGGAGCGGGCGCGCGGCAUCACCAUCAACGCGGCGCACGUGGAAUACGCCACCCCCAAGCGGCACUAUGCCCACACCGACUGCCCCGGGCACGCCGACUACGUCAAGAACAUGAUCACGGGGACGGCGCCGCUCGACGGCUGCAUCCUGGUGGUGGCGGCCACUGACGGGCAGAUGCCGCAGACCCGGGAGCAUCUCCUGCUGGCCAAGCAGGUGGGGGUGCGGCACGUGGUGGUGUACGUGAACAAGGCGGACGCGGUGUCGGACCCGGAGCUGGUGGCGCUCGUGGAGCUGGAGCUGCGGGAGCUGCUCAACGAGUUCGGCUUCGACGGCGACCGCACCCCCAUCGUCGUGGGCUCUGCCCUCUGCGCGCUGCAGGACCGGGACCCGGAGCUGGGGCUGAACUCGGUGCUGAAGCUGCUCGAGGCCAUCGACAACCACAUCCCGCUGCCCCCCCGCGACCUGGAGCGCCCCUUCCUGCUGCCCGUGGAGGCCGUGUACUCCAUCCCCGGCCGGGGCACGGUGGUGACGGGGACCCUGGAGCGCGGCACCAUCCGCAAAGGGGACGAGUGCGAGAUCCUCGGCUACAGCCGGCAGCUGCGCUCCGUGGUCACGGGCAUCGAGAUGUUCCACAAGAGCCUGGCGCGGGCGGAGGCCGGGGACAACCUGGGGGCGCUGCUGCGGGGGCUGCGGCGCGAGGACGUGCGCCGGGGCAUGGUGCUGGGGCAGCCGGGCAGCAUGCGCGUGCACCGCAAGCUGCAGGCACAGGUUUACAUCCUGAGCCCGCAGGAGGGGGGACGCCACAAGCCCUUCGCCGCCCAUUACACCCCCGUCAUGUUCUCCCACACGUGGGACAUCGCCUGUCGCGUGCUCCUGCCCCCCGACAAGGAGCUGGUGCUGCCGGGGGAGGACGCGGCGCUGACGCUGCUGCUGCGGCAGCCGAUGGUGCUGGAGCCGGGGCAACGCUUCACCCUCCGCGACGGGUCCCGCACCAUCGGCACCGGCGUCGUGACGCAGCCCCUCCCCCCCUCGCCCGAGGACGAGGAGGCCAAUUGGGGCUGACGGAGCCCAUCCCCCACCCCCCCCCCGCCCCAUUGACACGCACGGAGCCCAUCCCCCACCCUGCUGUGUGCCCCAUUGAUGUGCUGCUAUGAAGGGGGAUGUGCAGGGGGAGGGGCGAUAUGGGAUGGGGGAGGGGCGAUAUGGGAUGGGGGAAGGGUGAUAGGGGAUGGGGGAGGGGCGAUAUGGGAUAAG